CAGGUCGCUGUCUGCAGUAACGACACACUUGGCGAGAGGGAAACGUCCAGUGACAUCCCUGGUUAUCCGCUGACGGGUUACGGCUAGAGCGACUCUACGGUCUCUUCUGAAAGACUAGGCGUCUGUUAAAUAUAGCCGCGUAUUUUGUGUUAUUCCUGUUUCGGCUAACCAGCUAGCUAAUGGUAGCUGUUUCCUGGUUGGAGUUGCAGCCAUUUUGGAUUUUAACUGAGCAGCAACGAACCGGCGGCCGUGUUUGUGGUUCAGGUUCUGUUUCUGGGAGCAGUGUUAGCUAGGCAGCGCUGUUUAUCUGCAGACACAGGAAAAGAGACAUUCCACGAGACGGGAUCCACUAUACAACGAAUCAACAAUGAAUCCUGAAUAUGACUAUUUAUUCAAGCUGCUCCUGAUUGGUGACUCUGGUGUUGGAAAGUCUUGCCUCCUUCUCCGAUUUGCAGAUGACACAUACACAGAAAGUUACAUUAGCACUAUUGGUGUGGACUUCAAAAUACGAACUAUAGAACUAGAUGGAAAGACCAUUAAACUUCAGAUUUGGGAUACAGCAGGUCAAGAGAGGUUUCGCACAAUCACAUCCAGCUACUACAGAGGUGCUCAUGGUAUCAUUGUAGUGUAUGACGUCACAGACCAGGAGUCCUUCAACAAUGUCAAACAGUGGCUACAGGAGAUUGACCGCUACGCCAGUGAAAAUGUCAACAAGCUAUUGGUUGGGAACAAGUGUGACCUGACAACAAAGAAGGUGGUGGAUUACACAACAGCGAAGGAGUUUGCAGACUCUCUGGGUAUCCCAUUCUUGGAAACCAGUGCCAAGAAUGCCACCAAUGUGGAGCAGGCCUUCAUGACCAUGGCUGCUGAAAUAAAGAAGAGGAUGGGCCCUGGGGCCACAGCUGGUGGAGGGGAGAAGCCCAAUGUGAAGCUGACCCCCGGCACUACUGUCAAGCCUUCAUCAGGAGGGUGCUGCUGAGAGAAAAGCCACUUCCACUUUGAACCUCCCUCCCUCCCUGCCUCCCCCUCUGCAGGCCUGUCAACCUGGCCACCACCCUCCUCUAAACUCCACUGUGUCCCAGGAAAGGCCCAUCACAACUAGACAGGACAGGGAAUACAUGAGUCACAACAUGUGUAUGUGAGAUGUGUUUGUGUGUAAGAUGAAGUUGCCUGUAUUUGUACUGUACAUAAUGUAGCCGCACUACCAAAAAUAAAUGAAGCAUCCUUGUUGUCAUGCUGUCCUGUUAUUGAUGACAAGUUCUACAGAUCAUUUGAUCCAGUCCUUAUUCCCCAUCAUCCAUCUCAGAGACUAUUCUUUUAUUUGGCCCUCUGAAUGCAGAUUCAUGAGAACUGUGUGUGUGUGUGUGUGUGUGUGUGUGUGUGUGUGUGUGUGUGCGUGCGCGUGUGUGUCUCUGUGCAUUCCUACAGCAGGGUUGGUAAUUGAAUCUGUUUCAUUAAGGUUUAUGUUUGUAUGGAUCUUUUCUGUUGUUUCUCUUCCUUCAAUCAUUUUGUUGCUGUUUGUAUCAGCAUACUGUAUGUGUCUCGCUCUGUCCUUAUUUCAAAGUGUGUUUUAUUUUCUGCACCGCCGUGUGUCUCACUGUCCGGCAUCUAGUGCAACAAUAUAUGUACAUAAACGUUAUGUAUAUAUAUAUAAGUAAAAUCUGAUUUGCCAGUUCUGUAGUCCUCAAUACAUUCUUGGGAUAGUCUUGACUCUUUAUCUCUGCAUUAAAUUUGUGGCUGAAGACAACUGUAAGUUUGUUGCUCAACAUGUAACACUUCAACUGAAAAUAAAUAUUGUACUACCAGACUGUAUGAAAUGAAAAGACCUGUCUGCAAUUCUUGGAGAGAUGUAUAGAAAACCUGUUUUAAUUAUUUAUUCUACUUUUAUUUGGCAAAACUACUGCCAGUUACAUUGGGUCUGUUUACAAAUUGCUGUGUAAUCUCAGUACAGUUUUGCUGAUAUAAAAUACAAUGUUCUCUUGUUUUCAUAAUAAAGGCAACUGAAUUCAUUUUGAAAGGAA